AAAAAACAUAAAAUCAAUAAACCCGUCCUCAACCCCAUUACCACCAACAGACGGCGGCGAAAGGCGAGAAUGACGACGGGGAUGCUAAGUCGGAGUCGUAGUACGACACUUGCCGGAACUACGGUGAGAUGGAUGAGCACGGCGGCGUCGGCGGAGGCCGUGGCCGAAACAGGGGCGGUGAAGAAGUCCGGAGGAGGAGGUAAUAUGAGGCUCUACCAGAGGUUAUCGGCAUUGGGCAAGAAGGAAGGAUUGGUGGCGUCGACCAUAAAUAAGUACAUCAGGGAAGGGAAGAAGGUCCACAAAGAAGAGCUGAAUUGUUGCGUGAGGGAACUUCGCCGGUUUGGACGACACCGCCAAGCCCUUGAGAUUAUGGAAUGGAUAGACACAAGGAAAAUGGCUUUGUCUUCCACAGACCUUGCUACUCGUUUGGAUCUGAUAUCGAAAGUACAUGGAGUAGGUGCUGCUGAGAAAUACUUCAAUGACCUUGUACCUCAGCAAAAGAACAAAUAUACUUAUGGAGCUCUGUUGAACUGCUAUUGUGUGGAGAAAAUGAAAGACGAGGCAUUGGCUCUCUUCGACAGGAUGGGCGAAUUGAAAAUUGAAUCCACUUCCUUGGCGUUUAGCAACCUUAUGUCUUUGCACAUGAGAUUGGGAGAGUUUGAGAAGGUGAACACAUUGGUAGAAGAAAUGAAAAAGAGGGAAGUCCCGUUGAGCACGUUUAGUUACAAUAUAUGGAUGACCAGUUCUUCACACUUGGGUGACAUACAGGGAGUGGAAAGAGUUUUUGAGGAGAUUAAGCAGGAGGGUGAAAGCAAGUGUGACUGGACAACAUAUAGUAACUUGGCUGUGGCCUAUGUCAGAGCUGGGCUUAAAGAAAAAGCCGAGCUUGCUUUGAAAAUGCUAGAACAAAGGAUGAAACCUCCAAAACGUGAAGCAUUUCAUUAUUUGCUCAGUAUCUAUGCCAGCAUUUAUAAUUCCGAUGAGGUCCAUCGUAUCUGGAAAUCCUUGAAAUUAAGUUUCAGAGCAACUACAAAUGUGAGCUAUCUUAACAUGGUACGGGCUUUGAGUAAAUUGAAUGACAUCGACGGAUUGAAAAAAUUGUUCGAGGAAUGGGAGUUAACAUGCUCCAGUUAUGACAUGAGGCUAGCUAAUGCUGCUAUUGGUGCAUAUCUUAGAAAUGGCUUGGUUGAUGAAGCUGAAACAAUCCUUCGAAAUGUGCAGGAGAGAUCGAAUGGUCCUUUCGGUAAUGCUUGGGAAUUACUAAUGAUAUUCUAUUUGGAGAACCGUGACCUUCAGAAUGCUUUCCGUUGUCUGGAAGGUGCUACACAUGACCAUAAUGACUCUGGAUGGCAACCGGGUUCUGAUAGCAUAAACAAAUUUCUUAACUGCAUCGAAGAGGGAAAAGAUGUUGAUAGUGCGGAGGUACUCUUCAAACUUUUGAAGAAGGUACAUUGCCUGAAGCGCAAUGUGUACAAAUCAUUACUUAAAACCUACAUUGGUGCUGGAAGAAUGGAGCCUAAUAUGCGUGAAAGAAUUGAAGGGGAUGGAAUCGAAAUUGAUCGUGAACUUGAAAGUCUGUUAAAUGUUUGCUGCAAAUAACUUUUAAGUUCUUGUCAGAGCAACCUUCCUAUACACUGUUAAGUUCAAACGAUACACAAUACCUUAAAGUGCUACUUCCCGAAGUGUUUGUUUAGUGCUAUCUGCAUGGUGCAUCUAGAGCAAAGCGUGCCAUCUUCCCAGCUGCAGUGAUUUCUUCAGGUGCAGGCUUGCAUUGUGAUUUUUAGCAAUGGCUCAUAAAGGUAAUAUUUUUAUCUUUUAUCUAUCGCUAUUGGGGUUGCUUGCAUUUGCUUUAGAUCACAUUAGAAAAUUAGCUGAUGUGAUUAGAAAUUCUUGUUUCAAGAUGAGCUAGUUUUUGCGUAACCAUUUCUAGCUUUCUUAGUCUUUUAAUACAUCACAUUUUUCUUCUUUUGGCGUAUUCUUUUUAGGCAUCUGUCUCUAGCGUUGUUGCUAAUGGGGCCUGAGGAUUGAACUUUUGGUGAAGUUGAGACAAAAUUUGAGAUGUGCAUGGUGCACAAAUGAGAACUUCACUGCGAGAUUAGGAAAGAGAUGACAUAUUAACUCGGAAGGUUUAGAUGAACAUGAGCAGGUUGUUGGUUAGAAGAAUUAUUGCUGAAGGCAUGAGACUUGGCUGUAUUACAAACAGUUAUAUUGCCUGUUCAGUUUUACGCAUUUCUAGUUUUCUGAGCAAUCGAGAGUAGUGUAACUCAAUAUUGGGGUUAGUAUUUACGCUAGUGACUGCCUCAAAUCUUCGCUCCUCGGUGAGUUGGAUCUUUGUCAAAAAUAUUGAUUAAUUGCAGACUUUGAGGCAAUUGUAGGCAGAUUUUUCGUCCCUACUUUUUUUUUUUUUUUUAAUUUAUCUUGUGUCAACAUUUUCUUCAGAUUUUUGUUACUAAAUUGCGGAAUGCCGGACUUCUGAUGCUUUUCUGGGGGUAGUUAACGUUAUAUUUGUGACUGUUCACAAUAUCAAUGAUAUUUUUGAAUGAUGC